GGGGGUCGCGGGGGCGGGCGCGGGGCGCCGCGCUGGGGCUGGCGCUGGGGCUGCUGGCGCUGGCGCUGCUGGGCCGGGCGGCGGGCGCGGCGGGGCUGGGCGCCGCGGGGCCGCCGCGCGUGGUGGGCAUGCGGCUGGAGCCGGAGGCGCAGGCCCCGGGCCUGGCGGCGGGCGUGCAGGUGGGCGAGGGCAGCCACGUGGCGCUGCGCCUCUUCGGCCUGGGGCUGCCCGCGCACACCUGGGAGCUGGUGGCCUUCGCCGAGGCGCCGGGCAGCGCCAACGCCUCGGGGGCCGCCAACGCCACGUGCGCCGCACCCUCGCCCGACGUGGAGGUGGAGCGGGGCACCUGGGAUGCGGGCGAGGCCUCGGCCGUGCUGCGCCUGCGGGUGCGGGCGCUGCGCAAGCGGGAGCGGGCCAAGGCCUACGUGCUGUGCACGCGGGCCGCACCUGGGCAGCCGUGGCAGCGCCAUGCGGGCGCCGAGGGCCGCCUGGUGGUGGUGGAGGAGAAGCGGUCUCUGCUGCCCACGUGGCUGCAGGCAGCGCUGCUGGCGGCACUGCUGGCACUGUCGGGCAUGUUCAGUGGGCUCAACCUGGGCCUGAUGGCGCUGGACCCCAUGGAGCUGCGCAUCGUGCAGAACUGCGGCACAGAGACAGAGCGCCGCCACGCCCGCCGCAUCGAGCCCAUCCGCCGCCACGGCAACUACCUGCUGUGCUCGCUGCUUCUGGGCAACGUGCUGGUCAACACCACCCUCACCAUCCUGCUGGAGGACCUCAUCGGCUCCGGGCUGGGCGCUGUGGCUGCCUCCACCGUGGGCAUCGUCAUCUUCGGCGAGAUAGUGCCGCAGGCCCUGUGCUCGCGGCACGGCCUGGCCGUGGGUGCCAACACUGUCGUCCUCACCAAGUUCUUCAUGCUGCUCACCUUCCCACUCUCCUACCCCAUCAGCAAAGUGCUGGACUGCUUGCUGGGCCAGGAGAUCGGCACCGUCUACAACCGGGAGAAGCUGGUGGAGAUGCUGAAGGUGACAGAGCCCUACAACGACCUGGUGAAAGAGGAGCUGAACAUGAUCCAGGGGGCCCUGGAGCUGCGCACCAAGACGGUGGAGGACGUCAUGACGCCACUGCAUGACUGCUUCAUGAUCCCCGCUGAGGCUGUGCUGGACUUCAACACCAUGUCAGAGAUCAUGGAGAGUGGCUACACCCGCAUCCCCGUCUACGAGGAUGAGCGCUCCAACAUUGUGGACAUCCUCUAUGUCAAGGACCUGGCCUUCGUGGACCCUGACGACAGCACACCGCUCAAGACCAUCGCCAAGUUCUACAACCACCCCGUGCACUUCGUCUUCCACGACACCAAGCUCGACGCCAUGCUGGAGGAGUUCAAGAAGGGCAAGUCACAUCUGGCCAUCGUGCAGAAGGUAAACAACGAGGGCGAGGGCGACCCUUUCUACGAGGUGCUGGGGCUGGUGACGCUUGAGGAUGUCAUCGAGGAGAUCAUCAAGUCUGAGAUCCUUGACGAGUCCGACAUGUACACAGACAACCGGAGCAGAAAGCGAGUGGGCCCGACCCGUGCCAAGCGUGACUUCUCAGCCUUCAAGGACCCUGACAAUGAGCUGAAGGUGAAGGUGUCACCCCAGCUGCUUCUGGCCGCCCACCGCUUCCUCGCCACUGAGGUGCCAUUGUUCACACCCAAUCUGAUGUCGGAGAAGAUCCUGCUGCGGCUGCUUAAGCACCCAGAUGUCAUCCAGGAGCUGCAUUUUGAGGAGGCUGACCGCCGCAGCCCACGCCACUUUCUUUAUGUCCGUGGCCGCCCUGCUGACUGUUUCACCCUCAUCCUGCAGGGGAAGGUGGAGGUGGAGGCUGGCAAGGAGAAUAUGAAGUUCGAGACGGGUGCCUUCUCCUUCUAUGGUGUCAUGGCCCUCAGCCCCCCACCCAACACAGAGCUGCGUUCCCCAUCCCACGGCAGCAGCCUGAAUCGCUCGGCCUCACUUAGCUACCCUGAACGCUCGGACUCGCUGCCCUCACCUCUGGGGGGCAGCAGCAACCAGCUCAGUGUUGCCUCCACGCCCCAGUACGUUCCUGACUUCAGCGUCCGUGCCCUCACUGACCUUCAGUUCGUAAAGAUCACACGGCAGCAGUACCAAAAUGGGCUCUUGGCCUCGCGCCUUGACAGCUGCCCCCAGUCCCCAGAGAGCAGCAGCCCCCCGCGACCAGAGCCCAGGGGGCUGGAGCUUUCAGGGGGACUGGCUGAUGAGACCACAGGCCUCCUGCAUGACCGGAACUGCCUCAGCCGCUGCACCACCCAUGGACCCCUGGAGAACUCAGUCUGACCCCGGCCGUGGGGGCCACGGCACCCCCGGCCCCAGGGGCUGUGAGGGCAUGCGGGUACUCAGGGAGCCGGAAGGCAUGGGUGUGCGAGACAAGGGCCUAGUGUGGGCUGCGAGCGUUUGUGAUGUGUCCUCGUGAGUCCAGGCUCUGCCAUGGAGCCCCCCAACAUGGUGUGGCUGGCCAGGAGCAGGCCGUGACUGAUAGGAUGUCAUGACCAAAGAAGCUUCCCUGUCUCCCAGUGGCUGCUGGGGCCAGGGUGCCACAUGAUGCCAGGCAGGCCUUGGGCACUCUGGCUGUAUCUGCCAGGUGAUCUGUGGCUGGGGUGAGGCUUCAUCAGCUUUGCACGUGGGUGGCACUGGCCUGGCCUGGAUUGGCCACCAAGUCCACAUGGUAGCCAGGCUGGGGGAAGUUGGGCACCCAUCAGUCUCUGUGCAAACCAGCUGGAUUCACAUGGUGAGAGUGAGGAGUGGUGUGCGCUCUGCAGCUGCAGCCAGCCAUGGCACCAUCCCAUGGCUGUCUCGGUGCCAAUGUGUAUCCAGCUGUGGCCAGAAAGGCCGAGACUGUGUGUCUUCCCCCCCUCCCCCCCCAACAACAAUGAUGACACUGUCUCAGAGCCAGGUGUGGAGCCAUGGCCUGGUUGCUGCCUUGGUUUCCCUGUGGAAGUUUCCCGGGGAGACACCACUGACCCCGCCCCCAUGGGCAUCACAUGGCUUUGCCAAUUCCUUCACAGGCCCCUAAUCUGGCAGUACUUGCUCAGGCCAACCCCCCAGCGCAGUACCCACUGCCUGGGGAUUGUCCUCAAAGCUGACGGGUCACGUGCCAUGGGACCGUAUCUGCUGCCUCAGUUGUCUACGUGGGGAAACUAAGGCAUGGCACCAGCCUAUGUGUUCUGGCGGGGUGGGUUUCAACCAUCGAAUCAAAGGUCCUGGUUGGCCAAGACCCUGGACCCAAACCACGAACACAGUCUAUGCAAUGGGUCCUUCCACCCGCACCACUCCCCUGAGGCCCAUCCCCUCUUGGCCUCUGCAGGGCCAUUAUACGGACCAGGGAGCAAUGGACCAGGGCCUGUGGGUGUUCUGCAGUCUGGGACACUAUGGACUACAGUCCCAAGCAUCACAAUAUAUGGACUAAGGUGUUGUACUCUAGGACCCAGGGCCUGGCUCUGUAUGGAGUGGGGCCUGGUGUUAAAUGGACUGAGGGCAUCGUGCUAUAUGAGCCAGGGCGUUGCACUACAUAGACCAGGGGUGGGGGUGUUCCAUGACCCAGGCAUGCUGUUACAUGGACUGGGUCUGGCAUUCUGUGGACCAGGUAUUAUGUUAUAUGGACUGGGCGGUACAUUAUGUGGACCGGGCCUUACUGUAUAUGGACCCAGGGGGUACUCCCCCAUGCACAUAGCUUGUCCAAUGAGGAUGAUGGGGUGGGGCCUGUCUCACUUCCUAUUUCCACCCCCACCCAGCCUCCCCCAGCCUGGCCUGGCUCAGCUCAGGAAGGCCCAUGGGCAGGGGGAAAGAGGAGUGGGCAAUAGCCCCUCCACACCAGCCCCCAUACGCCACCCCCAUCAGCAGUAUGCUCUGGGGGGGCAACAGGUCUAGGCCAGGGGCCCUGUGUGUGUGUGUGUCUGUCCCAGGUCUCUUCCCUUCCCCCCCCCCCUCCCCCCAAGACCUGUAAUCCUUGCGAUGUGAAAUGCAGGCUAUUUUUUCUGGAUCGGGUAAUAAAUAUCUCCAGACAAA